AUGUUUAGCAAGUGCAGAGCUGGCGCACGUCGGAUCUGUCCCGGUCCCACGCACAAACGAACUAUUAAGUACUGCUGAUGAUCUAUAAGAAAAGCACUGCUGGUUGUUGGCUGGCAAGCCAAACGGAGUCAAUUCAGACUUCACUACUGUCUCGAAUGCCAAGUGAUGCAUGUACUGUACAACUUUUUUUUUCCCCUGCAAGAUUGCAAUCCAAACAAGAGCAGCCGCCAGGCCGCUCCAAGCCCAAAAAUAGAACCGACCCGGCGGCUCCGCGAUCGGUUCAAAACGCGCGCCCGCUGCAGAGCGGCGCGAGCGCGCGAAUCGGAUCGCGCCCCCCGCUCACUCCAUUUCCCUCGCCUCCCGAUCGCGAGAAGAGCCGAAGAGGGGCAGCAGCCAGGGCCAAGGCGAGAAGAACUACAAGCGUGGUAGCAGCAACCCCUAUGGCUUGGGCUCAGGAGCAGCGAAUUGAAGAACGUUUUGGUCGGUUUUUGUGCUUCGAUGAGGAUUCGGAAAGUGAGGAUAUAUCACUGGAUGAGUUGGAGGAGGAACUCGAAGAGCACAAGGAUUAUGAUGUACUAAUAACUAUUUUAAGGAAUGGUGAAAAACAACGUGGCAUGGCGACAUUGGUUGAGGGCAACCUAGGCCAUAUUGAAGAAACUCUGAUUCAAGAUUAUAUUGAAGACAACGACAAACUUGCUCUGUUGCAUGAUCAGAUUCAUGAAUGUGACAUUAUUUUGUCACAAAUAGGAUCACUUCUUAGUGGCUUCCAGGCCCAUAUAGGUUCAAUAAGCUGGGAAAUUAGAAGCCUCCAGGUGAAAUCCUUGGAUAUAAGUGCUCAACUGAAGAACCGCAAGUUGGUGGAGACAAAGCUUGCUGCAUUUGUUGAAGAGAUAAUUGCUCCUCCUGGUUUAGUAGAUAUUCUUGUUAAUGGAGAGGUAAAUGAUGGUUAUGCCAGAAGUCUGGAGAUUUUGAGCAAAAAGUUGAAAUUUGUUCAAGUCAACCCACUGAUUAAUGCAUCAAAAGCUUUGAAUGAUAUUACGCAAGAACUGGAAAGGCUUCGACAAAAAGCACUAUCCAAGGUUUCCAGCCACAUUAUCGAGAUUUUCUUUGCUAUGAGAAAGCCUGGAACUAAUAUACAGAUAUUGCAACAAAAUUUGCUUCAGAAACAUAGGUAUCUCGUUGUGUUUCUUAAAGAGCAUGGUUCCGAGACAUAUGGUGAUUUAUGUGCAUCGUAUGUUGAUACAAUGAACAAGGUACUGAGUACAUAUUUUCGUGUGUAUGUAGAAGCACUAGAGAGGCAGAAGCUAGAUAUUGGUGCAUCCAUUGAUUUUAGUGGACAUGAUACUAUCACUGAUAUUAUAGCAAGGGGAAGGGAGCAUUUGAGAGAUCACCGUUUCAUGUUUUCAUUGGGUGAACGUGCAAAUAUUUUGAAGGAGAUCGAUCAACCUGGCUUGGUUCCUCAAGUCAACUCUCGCAAAUAUCCAUAUGAAGUUAUUUACAGGAGCAUUCAGAAGCUUCUGAUGGACACCGCUAGCUCUGAGUAUCUUUUCGUUGAAGCAUUCUUUGGAGACGAGUCACUACUUUAUCAAGUUUUUGAAGGACCUUUUGCUGUUAUUGAUCAUCAUUUGGAUCUUACUCUUACAAAGUGUCAUGAUGCUGUGUGCCUGAUGCUCAUGAUCUGCAUAACUAGGAAGCACCAGCUGGUUAUGUCCAACAGACAGCUUCCUUGUCUUGAGAACUACUUUGAUAAGGCUGUCAUGUAUCUCUGGCCACGAUUCAAGGUAGUGUUUGACAUGUACCUUAGAAGCUCAUAUCAGUGCGAUGCGAAAACGUUUUGGAUAGAUGGUACCCAUCCACACCAUAUUGUAAGGUGCUAUGUGGAGUUCACAGCAUCCCUUGUUCAACUUAAUGCUGAAUGUGGAGACGGUCAGCUUGAUAUGAACUUGGAGCGCUUGCGGUCAGCUAUUGAUGGUCUACUUGUUAGGCUUGCCCAAAAUUUUACAACUCCCAAGCUGCAGCACCUUUUUGUUUUGAAUAAUUAUGACAUGGCCAUCUCUGUCCUCAAGGAAGCUGGCGAUGAAGCCAAAAAUCUGCAAAGAUAUUUUGAAGACAAACUAGAAAGUAACAUGAUGGCUUUUGUGGAUGAUUUGCUCAUGGAACAUUUCAGCGAUUUACUUCGAUUUGUGAGGAGUCGUGUAUCUGAAGACCUGCUAUUUUACACUGAGCACUCAAAUAUUGAUGAACUUGAGCCAGUUGUGAAGAACUUCGCCAUGAAGUGGAGAAGUGCUCUAGAGAUCAUGCACAAUGAAGUUGUAACUUCUUGCAGUAACCUCUUGUCCGGGAUGGCGAUUCUAAAAGCAGCAAUGGCUCAGUUGCUUAAUGACUACAACAGACUCUCAGAAUGUGUGAAAAAAAUCCCAGGGGGUUCAGCUUUAAACAGACAUCUGGUUUCCAUCACCUCAAUUUCAUAUGAGAUCAGGAAAUACUCAAGAGCACUCUAGUUGCUUAUCAUGGGCCUAAGAGAAAUUCUAAACAAAAGGUACGUUUGGUUCAUUGCUUUCCUGAUCUAGAGCUCAGCUGGGCAAGCUCGCCCGCUCCAGCCAUGCUGUGCUUGGCGGGGCUAAUCAUUUGGUUGGAGAUAAACUAGGCGCUUGGGUUUGCCGGUUAAGAGCGAAAUUGGCUCUCCUUCAAAAGCGAGCUUUCUGUUGCAUGGUGAAGCGCGCUCACCCAAGGAAGCGAGAAAUUUUUGGAGGUUCCAAACGUCCAGCCUAGCCUUGCAAGGAUAGUACAGUUUUUGCCGAGGAUUCAAACGCACAAAAGAAAAAUAUCACCAUUGAGACCUUUUUAAACAUUCAACCAAAUAAAUGUCAGCUGUCAGUUUUAGUUUGAUUUGAAAUUAGGUGUUGUCAAUAAAAUAGUUUGAACAUUUAUUUAUUAUGGCUGUCGCUGUUGCUGCUUCUUAUUUUUUAUGUGUAAUUGUACUACCCUCGACAACAGGGACCUACUCAUGGCUUCAUUCCAGAAAAUUAGUGAUUUAAUUUA